UUCUUUAUCCCAAUAUACUUUUGUCCCACUCACAGUCCACUCCCCAUCCCACCACACUCAAGUCCGCCACUCACAGUCCACUCCCCAUCCCACCACACUCAAGUCCGGACAGGGUCAAGGCAGUCAGAACAAAGGAGAUGACUCACUAUCCAAACAAAAACAUUAGAAGCAAAGACAGCUAGCUGCUCACUUCUGGCUUCAUCAAAGUAAGUAAAGACACCCGCACCGCCACCUCCAUUUCCAGACCGAGAUGAAGAAGAGAAGUAAAGAGGCAAAACAAUUGGUGAUGAUGGGUGUGCUACUGCUAUUGCUAUUCCUAAUUGAGCUUGUUCACUGCAAAUACAUGGUCUACAACACCUCGCAGGCGAUAGUCCCCAACAAGCUCAACGUUCAUUUGGUGCCUCACACACACGACGAUGUUGGGUGGCUGAAGACCGUAGAUCAGUAUUACGUUGGUUCCAACAAUUCUAUUCAGGGAGCAUGCGUCCAAAACGUCUUGGAUUCUCUCGUCUCUGCUCUCUUGGCUGACAAGAAUCGCAAAUUUAUUUACGUUGAGCAGGCAUUUUUUCAGCGCUGGUGGAGGGAACAGAGUGAAGCAAUCCAGCUCAUAGUCCGGCAGCUUGUCAGCUCGGGUCAGCUGGAAUUCAUAAAUGGGGGAAUGUGCAUGCACGAUGAGGCGACCACGCAUUACAUCGACAUGAUAGAUCAGACAACUCUCGGACAUCGUUUUAUUAAAGAGCAGUUUGGCGUGACACCAAGAGUAGGAUGGCAAAUUGACCCUUUUGGACAUUCUGCUGCACAGGCUUACUUAUUAGGGGCAGAACUUGGAUUUGACUCACUUUUCUUUGGACGAAUUGACUAUCAAGAUAGGACAAAGCGUAAAACUGAGAAGAGCCUGGAGGUCAUUUGGCAGGGCUCCAAGAGCCUUGGUUCUUCUGCACAGAUUUUUGCUGGUGCUUUCCCAGAGAACUAUGAACCACCCUCAGGUUUCUAUUUUGAAGUUAAUGAUGCCUCACCCAUUGUUCAAGAUGAUAUUACAUUGUUUGACUACAAUGUUCAAGAGCGAGUUGAAGACUUUGUAGCUGCUGCAUUGUCCCAGGCAAACAUAACUAGGACAAAUCACAUCAUGUGGACCAUGGGCACUGACUUUAAGUACCAAUAUGCACAUACAUGGUUCCGCCAGAUGGACAAGCUCAUUCAUUAUGUUAACAUUGAUGGACGAGUGAAUGCACUAUACUCCACACCAUCUAUAUAUACCAAUGCAAAGCAUGCUACUGAACAGAUUUGGCCUUUAAAGACUGAUGACUUCUUCCCGUAUGCAGACCGUGUAAAUGGUUACUGGACUGGGUACUUCACAAGCAGACCAGCAGUGAAGCGCUACGUCAGAGUGCUGAGUGGCUAUUAUUUGGCUGUAAGGCAACUCGAGUUCUUUAAAGGAAGAAAUAGGUCUGGUUCAAGCACAGACUUACUAGGUGAUGCUUUGGCAAUUGCACAGCAUCAUGAUGCAGUAACGGGAACAGAGCAGCAACAUGUGGCUAAUGAUUAUGCGAAAAGAUUAUCCAUGGGCUAUGUGGAGGCUGCGGAGCUGGCUGCGUCAUCACUGGCAUGCUUGGUUGAGCCCUCAGCAUCUGCUGGAUGUGAUAAUACCACAAAAUUUCAACAGUGUCCACUUCUGAAUAUAAGUUACUGUCCUCCAUCAGAAAUCGACCUUUCUAACAGGAAAAACCUGGUUGUUGUUAUCUACAAUGCUCUUGGAUGGAAGCGGGAAGAUGUAAUCCGUAUACCUGUUAUGCAUGAAGAUAUUGCCGUUCGCGAUUCUGCUGGUAGAGUAAUUGAGUCGCAGCUAGUUCCUUUAUCCGAUACUCAUGUAAGCUUGAGAAACUACCAUGUUAAGGCUUACCUGGGCCAUACACCAAGAAAGACACCAAAAUACUGGCUCGCAUUUACUGCAUCCGCACCACCUCUUGGAUUUAGUACGUAUACUAUUUCUAGUGCCAAAACCAAAGGUGUUGGAUCAGCAAGAUCAUCCAUACAAUUGUUUCAAAAUAGUGACAGAUCUACUUCUUUUGAAGUGGGUCAUGAGCAUCUGAAGCUCAUCUUCUCUUCUGAAGGAGGGAAACUUGCUCAUUAUGUUAAUCACAGAAGUGGGGUCAAUGAAAGUAUUCAGCAGUCAUUUAGCUUCUACUCCGGAUACAAUGGAAGUGAUGAAGAUCCUCAGUCAUCUGGAGCAUAUGUCUUCCGACCCAAUGGAACAUUUGCCAUAAAUCCGCAAAAGCAGGGUGUUAUGACAGUAAUACGUGGACCAAUUAUUGAUGAAGUUCACCAAGUGAUUAGUCCAUGGAUCUAUCAGAUCAAUCGCCUUUACAAGGGAAAGGAGCACGUUGAAGUUGAAUUCUCUGUUGGCCCUAUUCCUGUUGAUGAUGGGAUUGGAAAAGAAGUAGUGACUCAAAUCACUACUAACUUGGAGUCCAAUAAGACUUUCUAUACUGACUCUAAUGGUCGUGAUUUUAUUAAAAGGAUUCGUGAUUAUAGGGCGGAUUGGGACCUGAAAGUGAAUGAACCUGCUGCCGGGAAUUAUUACCCUAUAAAUCUUGGAAUCUAUGUCAAAGAUAAUAAGAAAGAACUUUCAGUUUUGGUGGAUCGAGCUGUGGGAGGAUCAAGUUUAGUAGAUGGCCAAAUCGAGCUGAUGCUUCACAGGAGAUUACUUCGUGAUGACGGUAAAGGAGUUGCAGAGGCUUUAAAUGAAACAGUCUGUAUUGAUAAUCAGUGCAAGGGAUUAACAAUCCAAGGAAAGUAUUAUUAUAAGAUCGAUCAACUUGGAGAGGGUGCUAAGUGGCGUCGCUCAGCUGGCCAGGAGAUAUAUUCCCCAUUUCUUUUAGCCUUCACUGAACAGUUCUUGGUGCAGGAUGAAGAUAACUGGAUGAGUUCUCAUGUACCCACUUUCUCUGCAAUAGACUCCUCCUAUAGGUUACCUGAUAAUGUGGCUAUUUUGACUUUACAGGAGCUGACUAACAAAGAGGUUCUUCUACGCUUGGCCCAUCUAUAUGAGAUUGGGGAGGACAAGGAACUCUCAGUGAUGUCACAAGUUGAGCUGAAAAAGCUUUUCCGGAGCAAGCAGAUUGGUAAAGUAGUGGAGACGAGCUUGUCAGGCAACCAAGAAAGGUCAGAGAUGGAGAAGAAAAGACUGGUGUGGAAGGCAGAAGGGUGGGAUGGAGAAUCCAAGUUGACAAGAGGAGGAGCUGUGGAUCCUGGGGAACUCCUGGUGGAACUUGCUCCCAUGGAAAUCCGGACUUUUGUCAUUCAUUUUGAUGACAUGUUCAUUCAAGAUGUUGGUGGAGGAAGCACAAUGCUUAAAAGUUGUCUGUAAGAGACUGGGAGUGAUGUAGCAAAAAAUUGUAACAAACGUACAAGAUUUCGGUGGUUCUGUUUUUUCCUUUUACUUUUUUAUGGUUUCGGAAUCCAAAUCAACUCCUCUAGUCUGUAGACUCCCAACCUCUACCUGGCAGGACUAUGGAUGUUGUUUGGCUAUGUUUAAAUUGUAAGAGUAAUGUGCCAAAAUAAGAUAAAGUAUUAAUAGGUGUUGAGAAUCUGGGAAUGUAUGUGGCAACACCUAUUAAAAGCUUGAUUGAUGAAAAAUUCUAUACAAAAUUUGAAGGGUCAAA